UUUGCCAAUCGCUAAUAAACCUUAAAGAAGAAGAAGAAGCAGAAACGUGGACAGCAGGGUGUGAGUUCGGCCAACAGAGGGCGUGUUUUCACGGUUCUUCUCCUCCGUGAACCGGAAUGAUAUUAUGGUUUCACCUUGGGGUGCAUAUCUCUGUGGACUGGAGAGGAGGCACAUUUUUUAGCUAGAAAUUUGACAUUCAAAUGAAAGAUAAAUGUCCCUGUAGUGCUGCAGCGCGUCUGACUGUCGGUCAAAACAGAGAGGAAACAUGAAACAAGACGUCCGGAUACUCCUGCUGGGGGAGCCCAAAGUGGGGAAGACAUCACUCAUCAUGUCUUUGGUUGGAGAGGAGUUCCCAGAAGAGGUUCCCCCCAGAGCUGAAGAGAUCACCAUCCCUGCUGAUGUGACUCCAGAGAAGGUGCCCACACACAUAGUGGACUACUCAGAAAAAGAGCAGACUGAUGAAGUCCUUAAAAAUGAAAUUAUCAAGGCUAACGUGGUGUGUGUAGUGUAUGAUGUCACCAACGAGGACACGAUAGACAAGAUCAAAACUAAAUGGAUACCUUUAGUUAACGGAGACGCAGAGAAAGGAAACAAAGUACCUAUCAUCCUUGUGGGAAACAAGUCUGAUCUGCGCUGUGGGAGCUCAAUGGAAACCAUUCUUCCCAUCAUGAACCAGUUCUCUGAGAUUGAGACAUGCGUUGAGUGUUCUGCAAAGAACUUGAAAAACAUUUCAGAGCUGUUCUACUACGCACAGAAGGCAGUUCUUCACCCCACCGCCCCUCUUUAUGACCCUGAGGACAAACAGCUGAAACCACUGUGUGUCCGAGCCCUUAGCAGAAUAUUCUACAUUUCCGACCAGGACAAUGACCGUAUCCUCAGUGACGCUGAACUCAACUGCUUUCAGAAAUCGUGUUUUGGGAAUCCUCUGGCACCUCAAGCCUUAGAAGAUGUGAAGACAGUAGUUUGGAAGAACACCAGCGAUGGAGUGCAGGACAACGGCCUGACACUAAAUGGUUUCUUGUUCCUUAAUACAUUAUUUAUCCAGAGAGGCCGACAUGAAACCACGUGGACUAUCCUCAGGAAGUUUGGUUACCACGACAACCUUGAGCUGACUGAUGAUUACCUUUACCCUGAAUUACGAGUUCCUGUCGGCUGCACCACAGAGUUCAACCAUUUAGGUCACCAGUUCCUCCAGCGGCUGUUUGACAAGUACGAUGAAGACAAAGACUCGUCCCUGUCAUCGACAGAGCUGAGGAACCUGUUUUGCGUGUGUCCUUACAUGCCAUGGGGUGCAGAGGUCUACAUGACUGUCCCAACCACAGACGAGGGCUACAUCUCCAACCACGGCUACCUGUGUCAGUGGACGCUCUCUGCGUACUUUGACAUCCACCGUUGCCUGGAGCACCUAGGAUACUUAGGCUACCCUAUCCUCACUGAGCAGGAGUCACAGACCGCCGCAAUCACAGUAACUCAGGAGAAAGAGGUGGACCUGGAGAAACGCCAGACACAGCGGUCAGUGUUCCUCUGCAAGGUGAUCGGACCGCGAGGGACGGGCAAGACCGCCUUCCUCCAGGCCUUUGUGGGCCGCAACGUUGUGAAUAAAGGAAGUUCCAGCAGUGCCUUCUCCCCCUAUGCCAUAAACACUGUCCAAGUCAGCAACCAGGAGAAAUACCUUAUCCUCAAUGAGGUGGAUGUGGAGGUGGAGUUCCUGAAGGCAUCAGACGCCUCCUGUGAUGUUGCUUGUCUCAUGUACGACGCCAGUGACCCACAUUCCUUCGACUAUUGUGCCAGUAUAUACAAGCAACAUUACAUGGAGAGCAACAUCCCGUGUGUGUUGGUCGCCUCCAAGGUGGACCUUCCUGAGGUCAAGCAGUUCCACGGCAUGACUCCAGCGGAGUUCUGUUAUAAACACCAACUGCCUCCACCGCUGCCCUUCUCCAGCCUGUUCCUCGACUCCACCAGCAAGAACAUCUACACCAGGCUGGCCUGGGCAGCAGUAUACCCACACCUGAAUGGUUCAGACAUGAGCAACACAUCCUUCUGGCUGAGAGUGGCGUUGGGCUCGGCCGUGGUUGCAGUUCUGGGCUUUGCUAUCUACAGAGCCGUCGCCAGACUGAAAUGAUCAACAACCAGCUUCUUUUUUUUCCUUUUUCUUUUUCAUCCUGACGCGCCAUCAAUCCAUCCAUCAAAACCAAACCUCAGAGACCAGAUUCAGAGCCACCGCACCAUUUUACUUUUCACCCCAAAAGGCUCCCAGGAAAACUCUUCACAUCUCUGCCCUUCCUCACUUUGUCUUCUCCCUCUGAUCGCAACAGUCCAAAGGCAAUUGGAAGCUAGUGAUCAUAUUAUUCCCCACGCUGCUGUGCCCAGCUUUUUCUGCCUUACAUCGUCCAACCAGGUUAAGUAGGAGUUAGCCUGUCAGCGCUCGGUGCAUUGAUACGCGAAGAACUGUCCACGUCCAAACAGGUGCUUUAUCAAAGGGGGGACAGCUGCAUCUAAUCUAUUGCCUUCCCCUCUAUUAAGUGUUAAUGGUGAGAUUGGAGAGUUUUUAUAUACAUGCAGUGUUUCCUAAGCAUAAUGGAAAAAUACGCCAAAUUGACUUGACUGGAACCAAAGGGCCGCACAUGGAGCUUUUUUUAGCAGAGCAAACAUCCCGAUUGGCUGCGACUGAAUGCUGGAACUCCCCAAUGAACUCCCCUCUUCCGUCUGACCAUACCACCACAGAUAUGAGAUGUUUUCAAUCUGAUUUGCCAAAUGACUCCAGCAGCAAUGAGCAGUCAUAGCAUGCCCCUUAGGCACAUCAUUUUGCCUGAGAAUGAAUUAUUAUUUUAAUGUUUUUUUUAGCAGCAAGGCCUCCACUGAUCUGCUGUUGCAGGGAGAGAUGCGCAUGAAGAAGAAUGGCGGUUUGUUUAUGCAUCUGCAAGAAGUCAGAAAAAAAUCUCCAGUAAAAAGAGGCCAAGCAAAACCUUUUAGAAAACAUCUGGUCAAAUGAAUCUCUGCUUCCACUCUUCUCUUCACAUUGAAAUGAAAUUCACUGAUUUUAAUUGAGACUGAAAUAAGUUGAUGAUCUGUGAUUUUUUUUAUUCUACACUGCUCAAAAAAAUGAAGGGAACGCUUAAAUCAUACAUCAGAUCUUGAUGAACUAAUUAUUCAAGUGUAAAAUCUUUACUGACGUACAUUGUAUAGUUUGUUGAGAACAAGAUGACGUAGCAACGGUCAACGGAAACCAAAAUCAUCAACCCAUUGAGGGCUGGAUUCAAAAUCACACCGAAAAUCAAAGUUAAAAAAUUGAAAUCACAGGCUGAUCCAACUUGCGUGAAUUUCAUCAGAAACAUGCACACCAGUAGCCUGCUGGAGGUCAUUUUGUAGGGCUCUGGCAGUGCUCCUCCUGUUCCUCCUCGCACAAAGGAGCAGAUACCGGUCCUGCUGCUGGGUGGAUGCCCUUCUACGGCCCUGUCUAGCCCUCCUCGUGUACCGGCCGGUCUCUUGGUAUCUCCUCCGUGCUCUUGAGACUGUGCUGGGAGACACAGCAAACCUUCUUGCGACCGUACGUAUGGAUGCACCAUCCUGGAGGAGUUGGACUACUUGUGUUACCUGAUUGGGCUGCAGGUACCGCCUCAUGCUACAAGCAGUGACAAGCACACUAGCAGAACACAAAACUAGAGAAGAAUCAGUCAGGAAGGAUGAGGAGAGAGCAAUUGUCUGUGGCCACCACAUGCAAAACCAUUCCCUUUUUUGAGGGUUGUCUUGCUGUUGCCUCUCCAUUGCACCUGUUGUCACUUUCAUUUGCACCAAAGCAGGUGAAAGUGAUUCACAAUCACUUGUGCUUCCUAUAUGGACAGAUUGAUAUCCCUGAAGUUUCACUGACUUGGUGUUAUACUGUGAUGAUUAAGUGUUCCCUUCAUUUUUUUUGAGCAGUGUAUUUAGGGUACAUACACCUGACACUGUGCAUACACCUUGUUACAUAAUCUGCCAUUGCAUUGUUUUCCAACAUGAGUCAGUCAUGUAUGUUUUGUUGCUUAAUUUCGCUGGGGACCUGCUGUUUCUGCAGAAUACACUUCUGUGUGACUUUUAAAAUAUGGCUGUUUUUUCUUACUGAAAUUGAACUGAUUUAGAUGCUUAAUAAAAGACCAGACCAGACUAGACUGGGUGGGGAA